UCAAUGAACCGUCACUCGUGUCACACCUCCUCUCUGGGAGCAAUCGGAGCGCCGUGCUUACGUCAUUCACACCCUAUAUCACACGCGCCUGAAGUGCCCCGUGCCGCCGGAAGUAUUUCCAUCAGGAAUGGCGGUUGUUCCGGUUGCCGGGGCAGAGUGGUGUCCGGUGUGAGGUGUUGCCCCGGGGAGUGGCGGGAGUGAAAAUGAAUUACAUGCCUGGGACCGCCAGCCUCAUAGAGGAUAUAGACAAAAAACACUUGGUGCUCCUUCGAGAUGGGAGAACUCUUAUUGGGUAUCUGAGAAGCAUUGACCAAUUUGCUAACCUUGUGUUGCACCAGACUGUGGAACGGAUUCACGUUGGGAAGAAAUAUGGGGACAUCCCUAGAGGAAUUUUUGUUGUCAGAGGAGAGAAUGUAGUCCUACUUGGAGAGAUUGACCUGGAGAAGGAGAAUGACACCCCUUUAAUUCAAGUGUCCAUUGAGGAAAUAUUGGAGAAGCAACGCGUCGAGCAGCAAAGCAAACAGGAAGCUGACAAGAUCAAAGUCCAGGCUCUGAAAGAACGGGGUCUGUCCAUCCCACGUGCAGACACUCUGGAUGAAUAUUAAACUAUUGGUGGACACUGUGACCAUUUCUGUAAUUACAAUAGAAAUGUCCCAGUGUGGGAUAAUUCGUUUUUUUUGUUUGUUUGUUUUUUGGGACGUUCCGUUUUUUGCAGACCUACUAUGAAAUAGUUUGUGUUCGUAAAAUGCAGUGAUUUUUUUUUUUUUAUAGAAAACAUGCCGGCCUACUAGCAAUUCUAUUGCAGAACAAACCUGUUUUGAGGAGUGGAAAAGCCUAUUAAACCACUGCCUUUUUUUUUUUUUUUUUUAACCUUUUUGAAUCUGUAAAUGACUCUUAAGUAAAUGGACAAGUUGAGAAUUAUGAAGACAAUCGGCUUUGUCCUGGUACAUGUAAAUACAUCUGUUAACCAUUUGCUCAAUUCCUAUAGAAUUAAUUAUCACUUCAGGAAGUAUAUGAAUGUAUGUGAACAUUUUAUUUUAUACAUAAUUUUUUUUUUCCCUCCCACAUUUCAUCUUAAAAGCCGUAAAUCUGUUUAGUUGCCUUUUGUAUUUGGUCUCACAGCGUGUGUUUUGUGGUAUCUGAGGCUUCUGUUACUUAAAUUGGGGUUUUGGGUAAAGGCUUCUUUUACACUUUUUGUUACCAGUCACAAUUACAGAUCUGAUGGUUUAUACUGUGUAGUAGAAAUUUUCCAACUUGUUAAUAUCUGGCCUAUACUUUGCAACUCGGUAUAGCUGCCUGUUGACUAAAUUGACACUCUCUGCAUGUUUAUAAACAAUUUUAGUUUCCCAAAUGCCUAAAAUUACAAUCCGUGUUAGAAUUCAGUUUUUUAAUUGCAGUUUAAAGAUAUUCACAUCUAAAGAGGGAAGAGAAAUCUAGCCAAAACCUAAAUUGUAAAGAUAAUCCAAUAUAUAAAAAAUAAAUGGUGAAAUGGCAUGGUAA